AUGAGCGGAAAAAAACACGUGCCACAAGCACACGCGACCAAUGCUACGGGCUGCGCACCGUACAUUGCCCGGCGGUCAUGCCGAGGGUUUAAAGGAAGGCCAGAUAAACACCAUAUCUCGUCGGUAGCGUUAGCCUGCACCCGAUGGACCCAGACUCGGAUGAAGAAGACGGCCAACAAUCAACUGUGGCUAGUGCGCCCAGAGCCGCCGAUGGAGACUAGAUCAUCGAUGGAACAAACAGAUAUAGCGAUGGGCCCUUUAAAUAAAGAGGCUUACUCAACGCAG